AUGAGCGCCACUGCCGAAGCAGUCGCGCAGCCUGCUGUCGCCCCAACGACAUCUGCGAAGAAAAAGUUCGCAACGCCCCCUGUCAAGAUUGCGUGUCUGGCAUGUCGCGCCUCUAGGACAAGAUGCGAUGGCGGGAAGCCUUGUGCCAGUUGCCAGAGCCGAUCCCGAGACUGUCAGUAUCGACCCAGUCGACGCGGAGGCGCCCGCAUCCGGAAAAAGCAGAAGACGUGCGACGAGCUUGCGCAGCAGGCCGCGCUCUUCUCACUGGAGCCGCCGCAAGAAGAGGUUCCCUCGCAGCCCCUUUUGAUCCAAGACUACAUCGACCCCGGCGCUGGGCUCAAGCAGCUCCAAGAUGUGUUUCCGGACAGCGACUUCAUCUUCGACAGCCUCUUCAUGGGCAUGCCAGAGGAGGCGAGCGGCGACAGCACGUCGGAAGCCUCUCUCGGUUUCGCCAGUCUCACCGUCCCCAUGGUGAGGACGUACAGGAAUGACCGCGACAUUCUUGAUGCGUACUACGUCUUCCUUCACCAGUACCUCCCUAUUCUGCCGCCACCCACGGCUGUCCCCACCGACCAGCCCGUCCCGUACUUUCAGAACAGCGCAGAAGCGUUCGAAACCGGCUUCGAGCCGUCAACGCCAAUCACGCUGGCGAUAUGCGCCAUCCUCGCCCUCAUCCCCUGCGCCAACGACAUCAAUCCCACCUCGCACGAUGCUGUCGUCUUCCGGCGCAAGUACGCGCAGUACCUAGCGCAGUCCGCCAUCGAGGCCAUCGAGAUGGAAGCCGAGAUCCCCGAGUCAUCCAUAGAACCACCAAAAGCGCUGAACGGUUCACCGAACCAGAACAGCCGCGCACCUUUCCACCCGGGGCUUCCAAUGGAGUACGAGUGCAUCGUCGCGUUGGAUGUUCUCAGCGUCUACGAGUAUGCACAGCGGGGCAACCUCAAGAAGAUGCAACGGCGGGCGGGACAGGCACUCGUGGCCGCUAUGGAGCUGUCUUUGCACAACUCGACCAUCGAGGAUGAGUUCACCGAAGUUCGACGCAGGCUAUGGUGGAUGACAUAUGUCUGUGUCAGCCAAGGCGCCAUUGUCAAUAAUUCGGAUCCCAGCUUUGCCGUCUUCGCGCAUACCUUUACCACCAAGUAUCCCGCGCUCAAGUGCGAUCCUGAUGCCUUCCCCCUCAUGAUCCAAUCGCAGCAGGCAAUCCUAGCCGCGUCGCAAUUCGCCAAUGACCUCAAGAAGUCGCUCGUCGCCAACGGGAACAUGGCACCGAUAUACGAGCGCAUGAAGAAGCUCGAAUCCUACCUCGAGCCCCUGACAGCACAAGCCGACGGAUGGCUGCUACAAGCAUCCACAACAUCACCGCUCGACGCAUCCGAAGAGGUCGUCUCGCGAACGCUCCGCUGCAUGUCGCGCAUCAAGCUCAACAGCGCACGGAUCAAGUGCCACCGCUACAGCGCCUUCUCGGACGUGCCCCUCUUCACCACCAAGCACUGCGACCUACGCGCCAAGUCCGAAGAGACGGACGGCACGCCGGAGCUGCUGCGGCAGUGGCCAUCCUGCGCCUGCAACACCCUCGUCGCCCUCCCGUCCGCAACGUCCACGACGUCGCCGACCAGCUCGUCCUCCACCGGCUCCAUCUCGCCGCCGCGCUCCUCGCCGCGCUCCUCCGACAGCGGCCACGGCUGCGCCGCGAGCGCCUUCCCCUUCACGAGCCACCAGUCGGCCAAGAUCUGCCUCAAGGCCGCCCUCAACGUGGCCCAGUCCUUCGAUGACCUGCCGUAUCCCAACGCCGACGGCCAGCUGUGCCUGCCGCCGAGCACGCUUUCGCCGACGUCGAGCAUCGUCGCGCCGCGGACCAUGCCCUCGUUUGCCUGCUGCGCCAUGCAGUGCGCCUACGUCCUGCUCAUGGUCCACGGCAAGACGAGGGCCAUGUACCCCGAGCCCGGCAUGGGCGGGCCCAUGGUCGAGAGCCUGCUCGCGCGGCUGCAGACGGGCUUGCGGUCCAUCUCGGGGACGCUGGAGAAUUACGCCGCGGCGUUCGAGGCGCUCGGCGGCAUGCGAGAUACGAUUCGCAGUGUGAUGGAGCCGGCGAAUGUGUUCACGUGA